UCCUGCUUCAUCUCGGCCCUUUUAAAAUAAGGACUAACUGGGAUAUAGAUUCGAUUUAGAAGCAGAGGUGGCAUGAAAGAUGUGGCGCUGUGAAGAGGUGUGGGUGACUUAUUAAAGCUAAAAGAAAAGGCCCUUGGACUUUAGCCAAGUAGGAUCUAACCCUGUGGAGAGCUGACGGGAUAUGUAGAAAGUUGGAUGCACUUCUUGUGGUUUGGGGACCCCUUGAAAGACUUGACUGGAGUCUGAUUUUCCACUUAACUGAACAGGAGCCAAACAAAAGAGACACCCCUGCGCACCGGCAGCUGUAGCCUGACCAUGGACGUUCACGAAUCCAUGUUAUUAAACUUUGUCAGUGACAUGAACCUGAUUGGGUUCACCCAGAAAUGCGCUUUAGGAACAGAGGAGGAGCAGGUGGAUAUCGCCCCGUACUGUCCAAACAACCAGAUGCGGCUGAGCGGCUCUUCUUGCUGCAGAGCCCCGCUUGACAGAGGGUGCAUCGAGCACCCGAUGAGCGGCUCACCGAGGUGCUGCAGCCGCGGAAUUAACAGGUCAAAACGGAGGAGGAUCGUUACCGGCGUCCAGCGGCAGGCAGCCAACGUGCGGGAAAGAAAGCGGAUGUUCAGCCUGAAUGAGGCGUUUGAUGAGCUGAGAAGAAAGGUUCCCACCUUUGCAUACGAGAAGAGGCUGUCCCGGAUCGAAACGCUGCGACUGGCCAUCGUCUACAUCUCCUUCAUGAUGGACCUACUGGAGAACACCUGAGACAGACCAAAUGUCUUUUUGGGACCCUAAACCGAAUAUAAUUUGGGGAUCCUCUUCUAAACCAUCACCAACCACAGCCCCGACAAUGUAAUUUUUAAACUGUUCCAACUUGAUUGAGUGUUGUGCAAGCCUACAUUUCAUGGUUUACCAAUAGCCAAAAGGGGAGUUAAUUCAAUCACCGAAUGUGUUUUGCUUGGCCAUCCAUUUCUACUGUACAUAAACUGUAAAAAAUGUCGUUUGUUUGAGUCACAGUGUUUUAAUGUAAAACUCUGUUGAAUCUAGGAGUGGUUGAUUUAGUUGAAGAUUGAAAAUUGAGAUUUAUUGAUUAAGUUUCAGGUAUACAGACAUCAGUACCAGAAAUGAAUGAACUAUUCACAUUAAAUUAUAAAUAUUUAAAUAAAACGAUACAUUUUUGCCUGUA